ACAUACGGAAAGAAACAGAGAGGGAAUUUGCAGAAACAAAGAAGCUGAGAGGGGUACGUGUGCUUGCUUGUGAGUCCUCACUCGCUCGGAGAGUACCUGAAAAUAUUGGUGGUGAUAGUUAGUAGUACUGGUUGUGCUAGCUAUAUAAGUUUACUCACAAAAAAAAAAAAAAAAGUAGAAGAAGAAGCGAGCUAGCUAAGUAUUAAUGGAGUUGGGUUCUAUCUGCAACGUCUUGCUGGGCAUAUUUGGAGUUUUGGUGGUCCUGAGAUGGGUUGUGAAGAGUGCAAAUUGGUGGCUGUACGAAACCCAAUUGGGAGAAAAGCAGUACUCUCUUCCUCCAGGUGAUAUGGGUUGGCCCUUCAUAGGGAACAUGUGGUCCUUCCUCUCUGCCUUCAAGUCCAAAGACCCUGACUCUUUCGUCGCCUCCCUUGUUUCCAGAUUUGGACAAACUGGAAUCUAUAAGGUCUUCAUGUUUGGGAAUCCGAGUGUCAUAGUUACCUCACCUGAAGCAUGCAGAAGAGUAUUGACAGAUGAUGAUUGCUUUAAACCUGGUUGGCCUAAGUCCACUGUUGCACUCAUUGGAAAGAAGUCAUUUAUUGGCAUUUCUUUUGAAGAGCAUAAGCGUCUCCGGCGGCUAACAGCUGCUCCAGUCAAUGGUUAUGAGGCAUUGUCAAUGUACACUAAAUACAUUGAAGAAAUUGUAACAUCUUCCUUGGACAAAUGGACAACAAUGGGAGAAAUUGAGUUCUUGACUGAACUGAGGAAGCUUACUUUUAGGAUAAUUAUGUACAUUUUUCUUAGCUCAGAGAGUGAGCAAGUAAUGACGGCCUUGGAGAGGGAAUAUACAACACUUAAUUAUGGAGUUAGAGCCAUGGCAAUUAAUAUUCCAGGAUUUGCUUAUCAUAAAGCACUCAAGGCUCGAAAGAAUCUUGUGGCUACAUUUCAAUCUAUUGUGGAGGAUAGAAGAAAUCAAAAGAAGGUUUCUGUUCCCACAAAGAAGAAAGAUAUGAUGGACGCUUUGAUAGAUGUUGAAGACGAAAAUGGUAGAAAAUUGACUGAUGAGGACAUCAUAGAUAUUCUAGUGAUGUACUUGAAUGCAGGUCAUGAGUCAUCAGGACAUACCGCAAUGUGGGCUACCAUUUUCCUAAACCAGCACCCAGAAUAUCUUCAAAAGGCAAAGAAAGAGCAAGAGGAAAUCGUAAGGAAGAGGCCACUAGAGCAGAAGGGGUUGACACUGAAAGAAAUUCGAGAAAUGGAAUAUCUUUCUAAGGUGAUUGACGAAACACUUCGUGUGAUAACAUUUUCCCUGACAGUUUUCCGAGAGGCAAAAAAAGAUGUCAAUUUAGCAGGUUAUACCAUUCCCAAAGGUUGGAGAGUCCUAGUGUGGUUUAGGAGUGUUCACCUAGAUCCUGAAAUUUAUGAGAAUCCAAAGGAAUUUAAGCCUUCCAGAUGGGAUAAUUUUACACCCAAAGCAGGAGCCUUCCUUCCUUUUGGAGCAGGAAGUAGAUUGUGCCCUGGAAAUGAUCUUGCUAAGCUGGAAAUUUCUAUUUUCCUUCACCAUUUUCUCCUUAAUUACCAGCUUGAACGGCUUAAUCCUGGAUCCCCAGCGAUGUACUUACCACAUACAAGGCCAGUAGAUAAUUGCUUGGCCAGAAUCAAGAAAUGUCCCUCUUCUUCUGUUUAAGGACAAAAGGAGAGUGGAAGCAAAAACAAAACAUGUUCAUGUCGCCGAAUUAGGAUUAAAGAGUGCUCUUUUCAAGUUUAUCUUAGUUCUGAUCGCAUCCCUUCAUGCUUAUUAUUAGAGUUAAUUAAAAGGCUGGUUAACUUA